AAAAACAUAAAAAAGAAAAAAAUUCAACUGCCGACCGGUGGUGACGUGGCCUUAAACAAUUUGGCUCCUCCAAUUACUACUAAUCUUUUUCUCUCAUAUUAGAUCUCAAACUCUCUUCUCUCGAUCUGUAAUAAUUUUGUAGCAAUGGCUGCUCCACCUGCCCGAGCUCGUGCCGAUUACGAUUACCUUAUAAAGCUUCUCUUGAUCGGCGAUAGCGGUGUGGGUAAGAGUUGCCUUCUUUUACGUUUCUCAGAUGGUUCCUUCACGACUAGUUUCAUUACAACCAUCGGAAUUGAUUUUAAGAUAAGAACCAUUGAGCUUGAUGGAAAGCGAAUCAAAUUGCAAAUUUGGGAUACUGCUGGUCAAGAACGUUUUCGAACAAUCACAACAGCUUAUUACCGUGGAGCUAUGGGUAUUUUGCUCGUAUAUGAUGUCACCGAUGAGUCAUCCUUUAAUAACAUUAGGAAUUGGAUUCGUAAUAUUGAACAACAUGCUUCUGACAACGUGAACAAGAUUCUGGUGGGUAACAAGGCAGAUAUGGAUGAAAGCAAAAGGGCUGUUCCUACCUCAAAGGGCCAGGCUCUUGCAGAUGAAUAUGGAAUUAAAUUUUUUGAGACUAGUGCAAAGACAAAUUUAAAUGUGGAGGAGGUUUUCUUUUCAAUAGCUAGGGAUAUCAAGCAAAGGCUUGCAGACACUGAUUCUAGAGCUGAGCCACAGACGAUCAGAAUUAACCAACCAGACCAAGCAGGAGGGGCUAGCCAAGCUGCCCCAAAAUCAGCUUGCUGUGGUUCGUAAAAGAAGGCCAUGACCAUCUUGGGAUCUCAUGGCUACAUAUGUUGAUGGAAGCUAAUUUUGUUACAGCUUAUGUGAUUGGUGCGCUUGUAUUGUUCUCUCUAUUAUUAUUUUUCACUCACUGUUAUGCAUUUGGGUGCAAAUGCUAGAUCCUCCUUCCUAUUUUCAGAAGUUAUUAUGUGUUUGAUUUUAUAAAUUUUAGAUUUGAACUUUAUCUUUUAAGGGUUAGAUCAAUGUUAGAUUUUAAUUUGUUAUAAUUAAGUCAUGAUUAUUUGUCCA